AUGGUCAAUGAUAUCAAGGCGGUGAGUCUCUCCACUGAUUUAUCCAAAUUUGCUGAUGAUAUUGCAAUAAUAGCACCAGUUUAUGAUUACGAAGAUUCAGCUGGGGAUGAAGUAGAAAAUAUGAAGCUAUGGUCAAAUGAGAAUAGAAUGUCUUUAAACAUGGAGAAAACCUAUGAAAUGAUAGUUCGCGGAAAAGUGUCAACUCCCCUUCCGGAUCACAUCCCAUCCAUAAAACGGAAAGAAUGGCUCAAAUUAUUGGGUGUCACGAUGGAAGUCAUACCUGGUAAAUGGGAUAAACAUUUUGAAGAGAUGAUGAAAAAAGCUAGUAGAAGAAUGUAUAUUCUAAGGGUUUGUAAACACUACGGGCUCUCUACACAUCAAUUGGAUCUUCUCUUCAAUAGUCUUAUAGUCUCUCUUUUCACCUUUGCAGUCGAAGUUUGGGGUGGAGCAUCGUACAACAAAUACGUAAGUCAAAUUGAUAAGUUUGUCAAUCGUGCCUAUAGAAAUGGUUAUACAAGCAACAGAUCAGAUUUUAAAGCAACAAUAUCGAACAGAGACAAGAAAUUAUGGUCAAGAAUUAUAAAUGAUGAUAAGAAUGCCUUACGCAAUCUUUUACCUAGUAAGUUAAAUCGACCUUUACGACGGAGAGGUCAUGACUUUGAACUACCAAUUGUUAAAACUGAGAGGUUCAAAAACGCGUUUAUAAAUAGAUGUCUUUUCAAUUUUAUAUAAACUAUAUAUCUAUAUUCUUAUACCUUAGAAUUUUAAAGUACUAAAAAUUGAUGUAAAUAACAGUAAGAAUCAAAUUUUUUAUUCUUAAUAUGUAAACUCAGACGUUUGAUUUGAGUAGAGAAAUAAAGACUUUUAUUAUUAUUAUUAUUAUUAUAUAGAAUUGAACCUUGGGGAAUCCCACAAGUAACUAGAUUUUUUUAGACAAUACGCCAUUCACAGUUAACAUUUGAAAUCUGUUCUCUAAGUAUGAUCCUAAAAGAUUUAGGGCAGGUUUUUGUAGACCAUAAAGGUCAAGUUUCUUAAUCAAUAUAUUAUGAUUUAUAGUAUCAAAUGCUUUCUGAAAGUCAAGAAAUACUGCAAUGUUGAAUUGACCACGGUCCAUAUUAAUGAACCAUUUGUUAGUACUGUCCAAAAGGGCAGAAGCUGUAGAAUGGAACUGCCUAAAACUAAAUUGAUUUUGAGACAACAAAUUAUUAACAACGAAAUAAUCAUAUAGUUGACCAUAUAGAACUUUUUCAAAAACUUUACUAUGUAGGCAGAAUGGAAAUUGGGCGAUAGUUAUUCAGCAUGUUUCGAGGGCUAUUUUUGUGUAGAGGGAUAACUCUCGCUAGUUUCCACUCUGAAGGAAUGGAAUUUGCAAUUAUUGGCGCAGCAAUACGAAUAAUUUUAGCGCGAAUUUUAUCAAUUCCAGUAGAUUUACAAGGAUUUAAAGAGGAGAGAAGUUUGUAUACUUUGGUUUCAGACACUGUUUGAAACUUGAAACUACUUGUUGUUUUUGUUAUGUAAUCCGUGAAAUUUCUGUCAGUGUUACCAAUGGUCGUGGCAAUUUUUGGACCAAUGUCAGUAAAGUAAUUAUUAAAGCGCUCCGCUGAUUCAUUUGGACAAGAAAUUUGACCAUUCUGAGUAUGGAUACAAUUUAUUUCGCGACAUUCUUGUUUCCGGUUAAGGAUUUUAUUAACGGUUUUCCAAGCUUUUUAGGGUCAUAUUUGACACUUUCAAAUUGUGCUUUAUAAUAUGCUGGUUUUGCUUCUCGCAGUGUAAUAGUUAUAUGGUUUCUAGAGGUUUUAUAUGCAGUCCAGUAAUUUUCUGAAUUAUAUUUAACGGCAAGGAAUUUGAGACGAUCCCGUUCACGUAUUUGUUUUUUAAUUGCAUUAGUCAGCCAAGGAAUAUUUGGUAUAUUUUUUACUCUCUUUUCUCUAAUUGGUGCAUGCUUGUCUAAAACUGACGUAGAAAAUAAUUUUCCAUGUUUCCCACAUCCUGUCAACGCAGAAGUUAUUGUCCAACAAUUCAUAUUCCUGAUUACUCAAAUACAUUAGGAAAUUUUCAGCAUUAAAAUACUUAAAAUUUCGAAUUUCGACUUUCAUGUGGCGGUUGUCUUGUUUAGGACGAAUAUUAGUUUUACGAACAACUAUAAUCAUAUAGUGAUCGCUGAUAGCAAUCUGCACCACUCUAGAUAAGACUAACGUAUCUGGAGUUGGGGUGAGACAAACAUCCAACAGAGAAGAUGAAAUCAUGGUCACGCGAGUGGGCGAGCUUAUUGUUUGUGUUAACUAAUAUAGUUCAAUGAUUGAGUUUAAGUUUUUUGUGGCAUUAUUUGAAACGUCAGGCAUAUUGGCAUUUAAAUCACCAAGCAUGUAAAAUUCCUUAUUCUCAUCAUCUAUAAGUUUAAUUAGUUGCUCAGUAUUGGCAAAAGAGUCGACAGAAGCACCUGGAGGUCUAUAAAUGGCACCAACAAUAAACGAUGCAGAAGAGGAUUUGUUAACCUCAAUACAAACUGCUUCAAGAUUAUCUCCAGUCAGAUCUUUUCGUUCGAAAUAAUUAAUGGAAUUUCUUAUAUAUAAACAGACGCGUCCCCCUGUUCUAGAGCGAUCGGCCCUAAUUAAAUCAUAAUUGUGAAUAACAUAUCCGGAUUGGUAAUAUUAUUAUCUAGUCUUGUCUCAUUUAGUGCGAGAAUAUCGAGACAUUUUUCAGUUAAUAUUACUCUAAUUUCUUCAAUAUGUUUAGGUAAGCUAGCUAUGUUAAGCAUACCCAUUUUAAAACCCUUUAUUAGGUAAGCAUAGGUUAGUCGGUGUAUGACUAUUCGCAAUACUCGUAAUCAUGUGUAAAAGGAAAUGUGGUAUAAUUAUGCAAUAUAUAUGUAGAUUAGGUAUCAGGUGAUACAGGCAAUGUAUAAAUUGACCACACCUAACAGAAAUUGCACCAUUUAGCGUGAAUUCCGUCAGGAGACACAAAUCUAACCGAAAGACAAAAAUUGGGUGACCGAACUGGACGAAUUUCGUUGAGAGUUAUGGCAGAGGAAGAGCAAUAUCUUGUCCAAGCAGCGUCACCAGCUGUUCCGCAAGGCCUUGAUCACGCCGAAGUCUACAAGAUCCUCCAGUAG